AUGGUGACACUCCUGAUAAAGAUGAAUUCUGAUGUCAACAUCUGUGACGAUGACAAGAGCACAGCACUCAUUAAGGCUGUACAAUUCCAGGCGGAGGAGUGUGCCAUGAUUUUGCUGCAGUCUGAUGCAGAUCCAAAUGUAAUGGACGCCAGUGGCAACACUGCCCUGCACUAUGCUGUCUACAGUAAGAACACGUGCACAGCAGCAAACCUGCUUAGGCACAAGGCAAUGAUUGAAGCAAAAAACAAGGACAGCCUCACUCCACUAUUACUUGCGCUGAAAGAAAACAAUCAGCAAAUGGCAGAAUUCCUAGUGGAAAUGGGAGCGAGCAUCCAUGCGACGGAUCAUCACGGAAGAACGUCAUUGAUGCUCGCAGCAGGACACAAAAGCAAAGGAACAGUCAGGCUGCUGCUGCAAAAAGGAGUUGACGUGUGUUUGAAAGAUCGCUCUGGUAGGACCGCAUUGUCCUAUGUAGUCAAUUGCAGUGAUAACCUUAAAGAAAUAGCUGUUGCAUAUGAAGAAAAGCAAUGUGAAAUGUUUCAAAAUAAAUACCCAGCAGAAGUACUUGCAGGAAAGACAUCAGAGGAAGAACAGGCAAGACUUGAUAUGUGUGAAGUUAACGAACUAAAGGGCAAAAAUCGAUAUGGACAAUGA